AGGCCGUCCAGCUUGGCUUUAGCCACCUGUAGGCUUCCCAUCCUCCGCUCUGAGAGCUGGGAUGGUGGCCUCCAAGAAGGAGGCGCAAAGCUGGUGAAUGGUUGUGUGCAAUGUCAUCGUGGUGACGGCGGAGAUUUUCGGCAGGAGUCCAAGAUUUCUGUGGUUCUAUGUGCUUUGCUUGCUUUGCGGCGCAGAUGACCCCCGCCGGCUUCAGCCGCAGAGCUUUAUCGCCGGGCAAUUUCACCCCUUGGGGGCCGUGGCGCUGCAAGGCCUCGACGACUCUUUGUACAGAGCCGGGCGGCUCCGAGUUCGACCGCUCGGCUCCGCCUGCGGCGAAGCUGGAUCGAGUUUGAUGGAUGCUGCGGUGCAGCCUCCGUGCGUAGGGAACAUUUGCAAUGGCGCCCACACGCGGCAUGGGGACAUGGCGGUGUGGGAAGCCGUGCGCAUUGUCCGGGUGGGGAUCUACCAGCUGUGCUGGUGUCGCCCAUCGCUGGCCUGUGAUGCGGCCAGCAACUGCUGCCAAGCAGACGCCGCCUUCAGCGAGGACGUGGGGCAGGUGGAGGUGGCCGGACCUGGGUGGGUCUCUGUGUCCCCAGUGCUGGGGCAAGGCUUUCGCUUCCAGUUGGAGGGACCCGAAGUCCUGCCAGGCAUGCAGGCCUUGCUGCGCCUGCGGGUGAAAGGCCCCUGUGGCUUCACCCCCUUCCGGGAUGCUGCAGAACUCAAGGCCUCGACCCUGCAGUUUGCGGCGGAGGAGCACGAGAACCUCGUCUUGGCCACGUCUCCCCCGACUGACUUGAACAUCUCUGGGCAGAUGGGGUCACAGAUGAUGGUGGCCUACCUGCAGCGGCACCUGGCAUAUUCCGUUUGCUGGUGCGCCAGGGACUGCACUUUCCCAGACGGCAGCAUUGAUGAGGAGGCCUUCUCCGCGGAGGUGGGGGAGUUCUUCCCGCGCGGGCCCGACACCGAGAGAACGGAGCCCCAGCUGGUGGUGGCGGGGGUGUCCUUCGACUUGGCGGUCCAAGGGGAUCGGCUUAGCGCCAACGACCGCGUCCUGGUCCCUGCAGCCGAAACCGUCUGCGGGGACCAAAGCACCGCCCACGCGCUGGCCUUCCGACUCCACAUCUGCGGGCGAGGGUCCAGUGAUUGCAUCGCCACUCCGGCCAACGGCCCGCCCACCAGCUUUCAGAAUCUCGGAGACUUGGUGGGCGAAUCAGGUCUCAGCUUCCGGCAAGAGGCCUGGUCCCCGGUCCAGAUCGAUACCCCUGGCACCUACCGGAUUUGCUGGUGUGUGGACGACAGCUACGACCCAGUGAAGUUAGAAUCCUAUGGUUUCUGCGGCUCUGGGCACCAGUUCUCUGUUCAGGCGGGCCUCAUCCUGGUCCAGGGCACCUUUGGGGACCAGUUCUUCUCCUGCAGCGCCUUCCAGUCUUGUCGCCUUCCCGUCCUCUCGGAGCUCAGCUUCGACUUUGAGGACCGGCUCUUGAUCGUGGCACCACCCCCAACCUCCACCAACUCCCUGGCCGCCAUGUGCGGCAGAGGCACCACCGGCUUGCAGGUACAGUUGGCCAGCACUCGCGGAAUUUAUCCCACGACAACGCCUCAUCCAAAUGCAAGUCUCGAUGCGUUGCAUUUUGUGGGCGAGUUUGACCUAGCUUCAGCGGGCCAAGCAGGCUUAUACAGAGUUUGCUACUGUAAAAGCUCAGCAAUGGGCCCCUGUGAUGAUCCUGUGGCCUUCGCGCAGUUUGCUGGAGUUUUGAACAUCACUGGGAAGAUCGAGUACAACGAAACAAACGGAGUGCACCAGGAGUGUUUGGCCUCCCGUGCUUGCCGCUUCAACAUCACGGGCGUUUGGGCGAUGCAGCUGAGCUUCCUUGACUCCUUCCGCGCAGUGCCCGAUGACUUGGACUGCUCCGACAUCUCGGACUCCUCGGCUUACCCCUACUUCAGCUUGCGAACCAGGACGCAGCUUCCAGACAGCUGGAUGAGUGAGUUCACCCAUAAGGCUGGAGCGGAAGAUUUCUACUUCACGGGGGACUACAGGCUUUGUUACUGUCAAGCCUCUUUGACAAGUGAUGGCACCUGCGACACCCCCGCAGAGCAUUCACAGGAGGUUGGAACCCUUUUCAUAGUCGGGGCCAUGUCAAGGAUGGACUGGACCUGCCGCCAAGGGGCACAGUGCAAAUUGGUGGUGCAUGGCUGGCGCGCCACCCAAAACGACUCAGUUCGCCUUGUGGCGCCCUCCUUCCCAUGUGGCGCGCCGGACCCGGAGGAUUUGGCUCUGGGACAAGGCUUUGAUUCCAAUCCAGCUGUGGCCAACCGCUCCGACAGCUUGAGCAACGGGGUACUUCUUCAGUUCGACCUUGGGAAAGCACGUGGUGCAGGGAAGUGGCGCGUUUGCUUUUGCGUGUCUGCCCUUGGAGGGUGCUCCAAAGCCUCCGACUUUGCACAGGAGGCCGGCGAGCUCAUCAUCGAGGGCUUGCUGCGCUCGGUGACUCCGUCUUCACAACCGGCCACAGUUGCCAUGGCAACAGUGCUGGUGGAUGUCAUUGAGCCAGGGCAGCCAAUGGGUGUGGCAUGCGCUGCAUCCAACCAAUCCCUGGACUCAGCGCCCUCCAGCGUUGCGGUCCUGACCUGCCAAGACAGCAUUCCUGGAUGCCUCGGUCUUACGGUGCUGCCUUGGGGAGCUGACCAGGGCUUCAACGUGCUCCACAUCCCUUUCGCCGAAAAUGCCCUGGCAGCGGCAGGAUUCGAAGCCCGGGCAGCUCACAUUUGGUGCACCGGCGAUAUUUCCCUCUGCCCCACUGGCCGAUGCGUUCUGCCGCCCACUCGGGCAGGGCUUCAGCUGGCUCUAAGCGACGGAGUGGAGCCCUGGACGAGCUUCUCCUCAGCCGUGGGCGAAUCCGUGGAGCUGCAGGUACAGGGCAACCCUCUGAACGCAGAGGGCGGGUGGCUGAAGAUGGUGUGGCCGCAGGAUGGUUGCCCCCAGGUGGGGCAGGCAUGGGCGGAGCCCAUCAUCUCCCCCUUCGAGCUGGGGCGUCCAGCGUCCGCGUCCCCGGGAAGCUCUGUUCGCUGGCGCCUGACUGCGCCCUUCGCUGGCCUGUUUUGGCUUUGCUGGUGUGACCGCUCCUACGGGGCGGACUGUGCCUUGUGGCAGCACGUGGGGGAGUUGGUCAUUGCGGGCCCCAUCAAUGUGAGCGGCAUUCCACCAGCAGUGGAACCAUCGGAGGAGUUCAACAUCACAAUGACGGGCGUGAAUCUGACAUCAGAGGAGCGUAUCUCUCUGCAUCCUGGUAUGGAAUGCACCGAAGACGUGCCCAUGGUGGGCCCCUGCAAAGUGUUUGCUGGCUUGACACGCGCUGACUUUCAAGUACAAGCGCCCCAGCAAGCAGGGUACUACACCGUGUGCUGGACAAGAGGCAACGAGUCCUCGGAGUCUCGGAAGAUGGGGGCCGGCUUUGCCAGAGAGUCCAGAGACUGUAUUCUCGCAGGAUGGGAGUACGCUCCAUCUUCAGACAGCUACCCAUUCCCGGCAGGUGAUGGCCAGGCUUGCAGCAGAGAAUGCGGUGGUGGCUUCUACGAGCUUCGCCGGCGCAUCAUUGCACAGAAGCUACCUUCCUCAAUUUCCAGAAGCAACGUGUUAUCGCGGAAGACCUGCGGAAGUACUACCUUUUACACCGCUGUGGGAGGCGGCCUACCCUGUCCAGCGGCAGACAGCGUGGAACGCAGCCGCUUCCGCCCCUGCAACGAGCACUCGUGCCCUGAGGCUCAGGCGUUCAAUGCCUUCACCCAGCCUUCCUGGGUGCGUCCUGGCGACUUCUUUCAGGUCAUCGUCAACGGUACAGACUUUGAUCCCAGCGAGGAUCGCAUGGUUCUGGUCACCGGCGGAGAGUCCGUGCUUUGCGGUGAGGUCACAAACCGCACAGAUGCAGGUAUCUUCAACAUGUCAAAUGUCACUGGAAUGAACAUUUCAGAGUCUGAGUCGGUGGUUCUGCGAGGUGGAGGCGCUUCUUGCUCGCAGCCUGCAAGCAACAGCACUUAUUUGGAGUGCGGAGAUGGCGUUGCAAGCUUGCACCUGACCCUGGCUGGCGCAUACCGUCUCUGCAUUUGCGAUGCUUCUGCCGUGAACAUCGACUACAUCAAUGUGUCAGGCUCCAUCCUGGCCAGCCGCGAGCGCUGUAGUCGGCUAGAAGACUACAAGGUGAUGCCAAGCAAUGGAUCCCUGGUUCACAUUACGUACACGGAUGUGCAGGAGGAGGAGUCAAAGAAUGUGGUGGAUGCCGCUUUGGGCGUUCUCGGGAUUAAUGGCUUCGCAGAGGAUGGCAAAAGCAGGAAUGAUAUCUUGCUGAUCCUGGGGCUGAUUGGAGCCGCUGCUUUGUACUGCUGCGCAGUCUUUUGUGCCUGCUGGUUCUGGCGGUAUAGGUGGAGGAAGCGAGGAGAUUGGCGCAGGAAUGUUCCGAAGAUGUUUGCCAAUACAUUAGUUGCCAAAGCAACGCGAGCAGCCUGGGAGGCGUACUCGCGCGCAGUUACAGAGCAAACGUCAGAUGAUGAUGCAAAGGAUGCAGUAGAAAGUGGGGAGCCUGUUCAAGCGCCCCUCACUGACCUCAUGUCGUUUCAGGCAGGGUCGCUCACCCCUCCUGGAACUGGGGUGUCAUUGAAGAGUGGCAGCUCUGCAUUCAGCUCUUCUACAAGCAGCACCAGAGCAACGACACCAGGCAACCAUCCUUCGCUGCUCAAGGUGUCCCUGCAGAAGGACGUGCACCGGCCCGUGUCUCCGAAGAUGGGGGGCUCCUUCUUGGACUUGCCGCUGGCAGGUCGAGGCACCAAAUCAACGGCCAACAGCCCAUCGAGACCCGGCACUGCUGCCACUGCGAUUAGCAUCUCCGAAGAGCCUGCAGAGCUGAAAGGAUCGGAGGUGAAGCAGGCCACUUCUCCGAAGUCGGGGAAGAGCUCCUGUGCCGGUACCCCACCAGAAGCAGAGGAUGCCUCGCCCAAGAGAGCUCCACCUCCCAGGUCUUCCAGGUCCGAGCCAGGGCUGGAAAUGCAGCUCCCCGGCUUGCAGCGCAAGCUGGCGAAGCUCAAGGAGGAACAAUCUGAGAGCUCGGAUGAGAGCCCGCAGGUACCUACAAAAAGUCUGGUGCCGGCACCACCUGCGAUGGCGCCUCCCUCUUUGCCAGGUCAAGCGGAAGCAGAGCAAGUCAGCAAGGAGGUGAGCCAGCAGGCAACGGCAACGUCUCCACGUCCUUCGGAGGUGCCCAAAGCACCUCUGAAAGUACCGGCGUUGACGAUGCUCCGACCGUUGCCACCGCCUCCUGCGAGACUCAAGACAGAGGCGGAGGCAUCGAACGCACCAAGUGAGGACAAGAUGGAGCUGCCAAAGACGGAGGAGGAGCCAUCUAAGGAGACAGAAAGUGAAGGUGCAGAGCACGAACAGGAAUUAGAGAGAAGAGAGGAGGAGAAGGAGGAGACAGCGGCCGAGGAGAAGGUGGUAGAGGAGGUGGAGGAGAAGGCAGAGGAGAAGGUGGAAGAGAAGUUGGAAGAGAAGUUGGAAGAAAAGGCACAGGAGAAGGUGGAGGAGAAGAUAGAGGAAAUUACGGAGGAGAAGAUAGAGGAGAAGGUGGAGGAGCAGGUGGAGGAGAAGAUAGAGGAGAAAGCGGAGGAGAAGGAAGUGAAAAAGGAAGCAGAGCAAGGGGAAAAAGAGGAGAAAGAAGGGAAGGAUGAGACGGCGUCUGAGUCCACGCCAAAGUCCAUGGAGAAGGGUGGAUCUUCACCUCCAAAGUUUUCCUCAUGGCUCACGGACAUGAGGUCUCGGGUCUCAAACAAGAGCACUGCCGAGACAAAGAUUGCUCCGCCUCCGCCACCCUCCAAGAGGUUUGCACCCUCCGGAGCACUUUCGGCGGGCAGAAGUGACCUACAAGUAGCCAAGGAGAAGAAUGCAAAAGAAGUGGACUCUCCAGGGCUCAUCAGGUCGCGUCCGCAGCUGCCGGAACUUUCGCGACUUCAAUGUCAAGGAAGUUCCAGCCAGCCGGACACUCCGACAGCAGAGGUGGCGGCACCGAUGCCUCCAGGGGACCAGACAGAGACGGUCGCAUUGGAGGCGCAGGUGGCCGAGUCCAAAUCCAAGCCCCCUGACUUCAGCGUGGCUGGGCGCGCAGCCUUGCCCACGGGCAAUUGGGAAGAUGCUCAGGAAAAGCUCCGCCAGGAGUGGCACCAGAAGCUGGCUGCGGGUGUCGAUGAGAAUGAGAAGCCACGGCGCGGCAAGGCCUCACUCCGUGGAGCUGCCAAUGGGCGAUCUCAAAGACCAGGAGCCUCUUUGCGGGGCUCUGCCACGGCCAGCGCGGCCGGAAGUCAAGCCGGCAGUAUGGCGCCCUCCCGCGCCUCCCAGUCGCCCGUCACCUCGCCCAGGACCGACCCCCCCCCGGCGCCCGCGCCGGCGCCGGGCCUUGGCCCCACCCUGGGCCCCACGGGCCCCAUGGGCCCCGGCCCUCCACUGCCGGGGUCGCCACCCGGGCCACCUGGGCCACGGCCACCGCGGCCCGGCCAACCCCAGUCGCGCUUAGCGCCGAACUGGGCGUUUUGAAUGACUUCAGUUCCUUUGAUCCGUUUGAUCCGUUCGAAAUGUGUUUCCC